GCCGUGAUAGUCGCACGCAUGUGUCUCGACCUACUCGCAUACUUCAACUGCCUGCGCCGGAGGAAUCUGCCACGAUGAGUCUUCCGCGAGUGACCGUGAUUACUUUUCUAGUCAUAACUUUAUUAAGUUUAGAAUGCGAAAUGUUAGGUAUGUGCGCGGGGUGCGCCAGUGGGGACUUGAGCGUAGCGGAACUUACAGAAGUGAGAUUGGCGUUUGUUAAACAUCAGAUAUUGAAGAAGUUGAGAUUAAGUAAGAAGCCUGUUGUCGGGUUACCUGUGAACAGUUUGCCGAUGCCGGUGGCUCAAGGGCAGACCCUCAAUGAGGGGACUGAGCAACCGCCGGAAUUCGACGACUAUUACGGCAGAACGGAGCAGAAGAUCAUAUUUCCCGUUGAAGGUGGAUGCUUGACGUCUGGCAGAUACCCGUUCAAAUGUAUGCAGUUCGAGCUGCCUCCAGAUGUAGAGCCAGAGGAAGUCACAGUUGUUGAACUAUGGUUCUAUAAGGAACGAGACCCUCUCGAUGAAUACAACCAAACCUUCGUGAUCUCUGAAGCAGCUCAUUGGGACAGCCAGCAGCAGUUUAAGAAGACAAAACCUAUCGCCAUCAAGGAAACCAGCAUCGGGGAGGGAUGGGUGCGAGUCGAAUUAGCUUGGGCAGUUCGUGUGUGGCUUGAAGAACGGGAGGCCAAGCAUACACUCCACGUGGCUUGCAGAACGUGUCAGCUGCGGAGAGCACCCAUCUCGUUUCACAAGAAGCACCGUCCAUUCCUGGUGCUGUACACUAAGUAUGCUGGCAAGAGAAGAAGAGGUCGGGCGCUGGAGUGUGGUGCUACCACCAGCGAAUGUUGCAGGGAACAUCUGUUUGUUAGCUUCAAGGAUCUCGGCUGGGACGAUUGGAUCAUACGUCCAGCAGGGUAUCACGCAUACUUCUGCAAGGGCACCUGCUCACCGAUUUCUGCAGUCACCAUUGACAAUAGUUACCAUCACAACAUCAUUAGAAAAUAUUUUUAUACGGUGUCGAAUGAGAAACGGAUUGAAUUCAAUCCGUGCUGUGCACCCACAACAUUCAGCUCCCUUCAGCUUCUGUACGUAGACUCCAACAAUACUGUCACACAGAAGACACUGCCUAACAUGGUAGUGGAGACCUGCGGGUGUAUGUGAUCAAGCAGCUGACAUAACUAGUGACUGUGAAAGUGAUAUAGAAUAUUCUGAACUUAACCAAGUGAUAUUAGACAAUAUUUCAUAACGCGUUUCGAAAUCUCUAUUAAUACAGCCAGUUGCAUAAACGUCCAUUAAAAUU